CUUCUCUCUCACUCUCUUCAUUUUCUCUCAAUUCUCUUCCUUUUUUCCACUCAAUUAAAUUGUCCGUCUUCGAAUUUGCUCUGUUUCUCAAAUACUCUGUUUUUUCAACUAUCACUUGUGUAGCAAAAAUGACUAAUCAGAAUGUGAUAAUUUCCGACCCGAGAUCAGGAUUCGACUCUUCACACUUAUCAUUCUCCCCGGCCGUUCCCGGUCCACUACCGCAGCCGGGGAGAUUCAUCGCUGUUCCAGCGAAGAAAUCAUUCAAAAAUAUUGAUUCUACUGAUGCAACUAGAAUCACUGCUUUACUUGAUUCCAUGAGAGCUUCUUCUCCAACUCGAAGAUCCUCAGAAACUGAAAAUCUCAAGUCCUGGAUUGUUCAUCAUCCAUCAGCUCUGAAUAUGUUCGAUGAAAUUAUAAAUUCUUCGAAAGGAAAACAAAUUGUAGUGUUUUUGGAUUAUGAUGGUACAUUGUCUCCCAUUGUUGAUGAUCCUGAUAAAGCCUUCAUGACUUCUGAGAUGAGGGAAGCAGUAAAAAACACAUCAAAGUAUUUUCCAACAGCAAUAGUGAGUGGAAGAUGCAGAGCAAAAGUGUUUAAUUUUGUGAAAUUAUCAGAAUUAUAUUAUGCUGGAAGUCAUGGAAUGGACAUUAAGGCGCCUGUUAAAGGGCGUAAUUAUAGAAAAGGAAAUAAUCAAACUGUACUCUGCCAACCUGCAAGAGAAUUUUUACCCAUGAUUAGUGAGGUAUAUAAAUCUUUAGUGGAGAAAACAAAAUCUAUACCAGGAGCUAAAGUGGAAAACAACAAAUUUUGUUUAUCCGUACAUUUCCGUCGUGUUGAAGAAAAGAGAUGGACUGAACUAGCUGAGCAAGUGAAAUCAGUGACUAAGGAAUACCCAAGGCUUCGAUUAACUCAAGGAAGAAAGGUUUUGGAGAUUCGUCCUAGUAUUAAAUGGGACAAGGGAAAUGCACUCGAAUUUUUGUUGGAAUCAUUAGGUUAUGCAAAUUCAAAUGAUGUUUUGCCUAUUUAUAUUGGCGAUGAUCGAACUGAUGAAGAUGCUUUCAAGGUUUUGCGUGAUAGAGGACAAGGCUUUGGAAUAUUAGUGUCUAAAUCACCUAAAGAAACUAAUGCUACUUAUUCUUUACAAGAACCAUUAGAGGUUAUGUACUUUUUGAAUCGUUUGGUGGAGUGGAAACAAUCGUCCUUACAACAAAAGUAUCAGAAGAAAACUCAACGCUGAUGAAGACUUAGUCAAUUAACACAAGGAGUUGACCCUUUUAACCCUGGAAGUUUUAUUAGGGAUGGGGUUUAAUUAAAAGAACUUAAUUUGUAUCUUUUUCUUCUUGGAAGACUCAACUGUAAUUGGAAAAAAAAUGGAGAAAUUUUGUAAUUUUCUGAGUAAAAAUGUUCAAUAAGAAAGUAUUAUUGUGCA